ACCGGUUAUAGAGCUGCUACACUACAACAAAGUAAAAUAAUGUUCUAAUUUUAUGUUUCUUCACAUUUAAUGUUUUUUCUGGCAACGCAAUGUUAAAGCUGUAUGAUCAUAAACUAUGCAGUGACUGGGAAGGCUACUGGAGAAAGCUGAUCUCACUGUCAUGUCGAUGAGAUGACUUAAUGGGGUGUGACCCCCUUUACUCCACCUCCACCAGUCUGGACUGUUCAUACAGGGCAGGUUGGAUCCAUGGAUUUGUGCUGUUUGUAACACCUGUGUCUGACCUCUGCAAAGAACUGCGGAGAGAUUCAGACAUCAUCAUAAAGUCAACCUUGACUCAGACGUCAUGUCCAGACUGUGAUUCAGACUGCUGAUCCAGAGCAAUGGAGGGACAGUUCAACAGUUCAAGGCCUUCCAGGAUCAUAUCAGAACUGUGUGGCACAGAGGAGGACUGGCCAUUUCCUGUGUGGCAGAAUGGCACCCUCAGUCCCAGCUUUAACCACAUCAUCUGUGGAUCUCUUGUGCAUGCUGUUACUGCAGUGCUCAGUGCAUGUUAUCUGAGUGUGCCGAGACUCAUCCCCCCUCUGCCUUCACUGCCUGUUGGUUGGAUCUUCAGGUCUGUUGCUGCACUGCUGCUGUUUUUUGUUUUUAUCAUGGAUUUGGGAUUGGUGCUUGCUCUUCAUGAGAAGGACGUUUACUUGAACACCUUGGCUGAUGGAUGUGGACUCAUUGCAUGGCUGGUCCAAUUUGGGGCUGUUUUGUCCUUGCAGAGAUCUGUCAACAGAAGGACUCGGGGUCCACCACUUUUUCUGAUACUGGCACUCCUUUCUGUUCCUAAUAUAGUGUUUACCCUUAUUAAUUACGUACAGGAGGGUAGUUAUCAAAGUAAAGAGCACCCCUUACAGCUCGGAAGGUUCAUCUUGUGUGUUACCAGGGCAGCCCUGAUCCUUCUGUACAUACUGGCCUUUAUCUUUCCUUGUUAUUUUUCGCAAAGAGAAUCUCUUCUUAUAAACACAGACGAUGAAGCUCCUCUUAUUGUUCCAGAGCCUGCUAGAGAACAAACAGUCGCAGAGGAUGGCAGCAGCUGCCUAUCCAGGUUUCUCUACUUGUGGUUGAACGGUCAGCUGAGGCAGGGUCAGCAUGGAGAUCUGAAGAGUACAUCUGAUGUUUUACAACUUCCCCAAAGACUACGGACCAAAGCCGUCACUCAGCGUUUCAGUCAGUGUUGGGUACAAUGCCUGAACAACAGCGUGCUCUCAGAAGGAUUAAGCCACCAUGAGGUGAGACUCUUUAGUGUGCUACACAAGGCUUUUGGCCCACGCUACUACCUCCUUGGUGUGCUGAAGCUAAUGGCCAGCCUGCUAGCAUUCGCAGGACCGCUACUCCUCAGCUGGCUGGUGGGUUUCAUGGAGACUGAGGGGGCUCCACUGAGCAGAGGUGUGUGGUGUGUUGUGGGACUCUUCUCGAGCACUUUCUUAGCCGCAUUUCUCCGUAACGUCUUUGUUUUUGAAGUAUCAAAAGUGUCCCUGAAGGCUCGGGCCGCAGUAGUGUCCGCUAUCUACAGUAAAGCUCUUCGGGUCAGCAGCUCGGCUCUUGCUCGUUUCACCACGGGUGAGGUGGUCAACUACAUGAGCACCGACACAGACCGACUGGUCAAUUUUUUCAACAGCUUCCAUGAAGUUUGGAGUCUUCCUUUCCAGUUCAUCCUGGCCCUGUACCUGCUCUACCUGCAGGUGGGCGUUGCUUUUCUAGGAGGGCUUGGUGUGGCUAUUCUGUUAGUGCCACUCAAUAAGGUGCUGGCAGCCCGCAUCUUGGAGAACAAUAAACACAUGCUGACCCACAAGGACAACAGAGUGAAGCUAAUGACCGAAGUCCUUUUUGGAAUCCGAGUCCUCAAGUUCUAUAAUUGGGAGCAGCACAUUGCACAGAAGAUAAAUCAGAGUCGCAAAAAAGAGCUGAGUCACCUGAAGGCCUUGAAGUAUCUAGAUGCAGUGUGUGUGUACACCUGGGCAGCUCUCCCUGUAGUCAUCUCCAUCCUCACCUUCAUCACAUAUGUGCUGCUUGGAAACAGUCUUACUGCAACUAAGGUUUUCACUACACUGGCGCUAGUGGGUAUGCUCAUUCUUCCGCUCAACGCCUUCCCCUGGGUUCUUAAUGGAACACUAGAAGCCAAAGUAUCUCUGGACCGCAUUCAGCUCUUCCUCAGUUUGCAUGAUCAAGACUUUAGUGCAUAUUACAGCCAAGUAUCUCCUGAGGAUCCUCUAACUGCCAUUCGGUUGACCCAAGCCAGUUUCUCAUGGAAGAGACCACAUCCAGAGUCUGACACAUCUUCACCAGGAAGUCUAUACCUCCAUAAUCUCAAUUUAACUGUCAAGAAGGGCUCUUUAUUUGUUGUGGUUGGCAAAGUUGGCUGUGGGAAAAGCUCGUUAUUAGCUGCCAUUACUGGAGAGCUGAACAGAUUUGGAGGCAUUCUCCAUGUCCAAGGCCGAGAGCAGGGCUUUGGCUUGGUUGCCCAGGAGCCGUGGAUCCAGCAUGCAACUGUGCGUGACAACAUCCUGUUUGGAAAGGACUUUGACAGUGGCUUCUAUGAAGCUGUGCUUGAGGCUUGUGCCCUCACUGCAGACCUUAAUAUUUUGCCAAAUGGGGAUCAGACAGAAGUAGGAGAAAAUGGAGUGACACUCAGCGGAGGACAGAAAAGUCGACUCGCUCUAGCACGAGCUGUAUAUAUGGACAAGGACAUUUAUUUGUUGGACGAUCCCUUAGCAGCAGUCGAUGCUGAUGUGGCUCAUCAUCUUAUGGAGAAAUGCAUUCUGGGAAUUCUUAGGAACAAAACCAGAAUCCUUUGCACUCACAGAAUAGAGUUUGUCGAGAAAGCAGAUAUGGUGAUGCUGAUGGACGGUGGGAUGGUUGUAAAAACAGGAACACCACAGGAGGUCUUAUCUCUGGUUAAAGAUGUACCUAUAGGUAGCAAGAAUGAGAGCAAACAAAAGGAAGAAGGUGCUGACCAAGAAGAAGAGCUGACCAGCGAGCCAGUUUCAGAGAAGGUGCUACACACCAUAGGGGAGGAACAGAAGCAGAUGGGUGGGCUUGCCUGGACAGUCUACAAGUCCUACUGGAAAGCGGUGGGUCGGUGUAUGGCUGUGUCUGUUCUUUUGUCCCUGCUCCUCAUGCAAGGCUCUAAGAAUGUGUCUGAUUGGUGGCUGUCUUACUGGAUCUCCAACUUAAAAGCCAAUGGCUCUGAACUGGUGUCUCUGGCAGCAAGUCCUGUCUCCUCUCUAGUGCUUUUCUCUACAGACACACUUUUGUAUCACUUCCCAGUAAGAGACUCAUUUGGCAAUAUGAGCUCAGAGCUGAAGUUUUACAUGACUGUGUAUGGUUCUCUAGCUGUAGCCAAUACACUCUUUACCGCUGCUCGUGCCUUCAUUUUUGCUUAUGGAGCAAUUCAUGCUGCUACUGUCAUCCAUAGAAGACUACUGGAUAGUGUGCUUAAGGCGACGUUGACGUUCUUUGACACUACUCCUCUGGGUCGUGUCCUAAAUCGCUUCUCCUCAGACAUCUAUAGCAUAGAUGACUCGCUACCAUUCGUCCUCAACAUCCUUCUAGCUAAUGCUUUUGGCUUGUUGGGCAUGCUGGUGGUGAUGAGCUAUGGUCUCCCCUGGGUGCUGCUCCCGUUAAUUCCACUAGGGGUGCUAUACUACCAAACUCAGAGGUUUUAUCGACACUCCUCCCGUGAACUCAAACGCUUGUGCAGCCUCACUCUUUCUCCAGUCUAUUCACACUUUUCCGAGACUCUCAGUGGUCUGGUAACAGUUCGGGCCAGCGGACACACUGCCAGGUUUGAGGAGGAGAAUGAGAGGCGGUUGGAUCAGAACCAGCGCUGUGUGUUCAUCAGUAACGCUGCCAUGCAGUGGCUGGACAUUCGGCUGCAGAUGAUCGGCGUCACUAUAGUGACUGGAAUUAGUAUAAUUGCUGUGAUCCAGCACCAGAUCAGAUCAGUUGAUCCCGGUUUGGUGGGUCUGGCUCUGUCCUAUGCUCUAUCCAUCACUAACCUGCUGUCAGGACUGAUCUUCAGCUACGCGCAGACUGAGAUGCAGCUCGUUAGUGUGGAACGUACGGAGGAGUAUUCCACCUGCAUCCCCCUGGAACCACAACAGGAACAAGCCACGAUUCCAGCUUCCUGGCCAGAACACGGUCGAGUAGAGUUUAAUGCAGCGGUUUUGGCGUAUCGGCCCGGGUUGCCUAACGCUCUGGAUGGUGUCAGCUUUAGCGUGAUGCCAGGUGAGAGGGUGGGAAUCGUUGGACGCACUGGUUCAGGAAAGUCUACUCUGUUCCUGGCUCUGUUUCGUAUGGUGGAACUGAAGCAGGGAAGCAUACUUCUGGAUGGGGAAGACAUCAGUCAAGUUGGACUCUCUCAGCUUAGGACCAAGCUGGCCAUCAUCCCCCAGGAUCCCUUUAUAUUCUCUAGCUCAGUGAGGGAGAACCUCGACCCCUGUGGGCAACACCUAGAACAUCAGCUACUAGACGCUUUGGAGCAAUGCCACCUAGGAGAUGUAGUUCGAAGGAUAGGAGGCUUGGAUGCUGCAGUGGGAGAGAGAGGAAGGUGUUUCUCAGUUGGUCAGCGGCAGCUGCUGUGUCUUGCUCGUGCUCUUCUGACUGAAGCUAAUGUUUUAUGUAUCGAUGAAGCUACAGCCAGCGUAGAUCACAAGACUGACAUGCUGCUACAGAAAAGCAUCCGAGAAAAAUUUAAGCACAAGACGGUGCUUACUAUCGCACAUAGACUCAAUACUAUCAUGGACUCUGACAGAGUUCUGGUGAUGCAUGCUGGGAAAGUGGUGGAGUUUGACAGCCCAUCUGCCCUGUGCAACAAAGAGACUCAGUUUUUCAGAAACUUCUACAAGGAAGAGACGAAUGACUGAUUUUUAGCUAAAUAAUGUCAAUUUUAAACGAGCUUAAAUUAUAGCACAGUUCUGGAUCAGUUGUUCAGUGUUUUACAGACUUUGUAUCAGUUUGCUAAAAACUCAAACGGACGUGAAGAUUUUUUACACUGUAUUUAUGUGAUUACACUUGUUUUUGACAUUUGACAUUAGUGUCUUGAUUGAGUAAUCUGUUACCAGAAAUUGGCUGUUUCUCAUCACACAUUUAAAAAUAGACUAUAUAAUUUAUAUACAAGAUAAGACAUUAAUACACUGAGGUUCAGAAUUUUGUAUUAAAUAAGUACAAAUAUUUUACACCGAAACAAAUUGAAAACGUAUUAGCCUAUUCUUAAAGACAGCUUACUUUACUUCACACCUCAGGCUUUAAGUCAGAAUUGUUUAUAAGGAACCUUUAAUGUGCCAUUACAACACGUUUUUUAGCUAUAAGGACAUUUUUAAAGCAGUGUCACUCGUAGCAGGCAUCUAAUUUCUGUUGUAUGAAAAAAUCUAUUUUCAUUUUUAUAAAAUAAAGUGUUUCCCUGGUUUAAUAAUGAAGUC